AUGGAUGUCGAGAGUCCUGUAAAGGAAAGUGAUGUCGAGAGUCCUGUAAAGGAAAGUGAUGUCGAGAUUCCUGUAAAGGAAAGUGAUGUCGAGAUUCCUGUAAAGGAAAGUGAUGUAGAGAUUCCUGUAAAGGAAAGUGAUGUCGAGAUUCCUGUAAAGGAAAGUGAUGUCGAGAGUCCUGUAAAGGAAAGUGAUGUAGAGAGUCCUGUAAAGGAAAGUGAUGUCGAGAUUCCUGUAAAGGAAAGUGAUGUAGAGAUUCCUGUAAAGGAAAGUGAUGUAGAGAUUCCUGUAAAGGAAAGUGAUGUAGAGAUUCCUGUAAAGGAAAGUGAUGUAGAGAUUCCUGUAAAGGAAAGUGAUGUCGAGAGUCCUGUAAAGGAAAGUGAUGUAGAGAGUCCUGUAAAGGAAAGUGAUGUCGAGAGUCCUGUAAAGGAAAGUGAUGUCGAUUGA